AUGCCUCUGGUCGACCGCAGACGGCGAAGAUUUGAGGAAAUCGGGGGAGGCGAAUACGGCAAAGACACCUUCCUCGUCUUUGGCCCCUCACAGGGCUCCGAGGAACACGGCUGGCUUCUGCAGACGUACGACUCGCACGCCAGUACUGCGCAUGCCAUUGGGCACAUCCAGAGAAGGGACUUCGCCUGCGUCGUUCUGGUAAACGGUACAAUACAGUAGGUACUUUUGAAGACAUAGCUGCUUACACCAUAUGGAUUUGCUUCCCUCGAGAGGUUCUUUCACUGACCUUUUUUUCCGGCCGCUAGCUGUCAUCUUCACAAUUGGUGGAGAAGUGAAUGGGCAAGCCACGCGCCUUGUGGACGCCUACAGUCUCCCGCUGCGACACUCCUUCCCCGUGGCGCCGAUGAGGACGGAAAGAUCGUACCACGGCGCUGCUGUAUCGGGUGAUGACAUUGUCGUUGGUGGAGGAUUCGAUGUCCGUGGCCGUUUAGCAACAUGUGAAGCUUACGUGAUGAGUACCAAUAAGUAAGUGCUACAUAUUCUUAUCCUACGUGCGCAUUCUGUGAAUUCUGGCGUGUCAGGAUGUAAAUGGCUCCUUCAUACUCUGGUCUUUAUGGCACUCUCACGCAUGUGAGGUCCGGGUUGCCUCUGCAAUAAUCUCACAUAUGAAGGCGAAAUUUCGAGUUGCAGGUGUAUGCAUAAGUGCAGAAGAAGAGUCGAGCACCGGAACACUUUGUUUAUUGUCCUGAGCUUUCAGACUCGUGCAGGAGUCCAUCGUCAGAGGUAGUAGCAGCAACAGAACAAGCGAUAGUUAUAAGGCAUUUAGGCCCAAUCAUCGACCGACGGCGCAAGACUGGAGGUGACUACGCAGGGCUCUGUACGCCGGUGCCAGAUCGCCCAAGCCGGAAAAAAGAACAGGCCGAGAAUUGCUUGAAGCCUGGGCCUCGGAUGAGAACUCAUUCAAUCGAUUUAUCGAUCUGGGGUGUAAGCCAAUCAUCGACCGACGGCGCAAGACUGGAGGUGACUACGCAGGGCUCUGUACGCCAGCGCCAGAUCAAUAAAUCGAUUGGCCAAGUUCUCAUUCGAGGCUCAGGCUUCAAUCAAUUCUCGGCCUGUUUUGUUUCCGGCGUGGGCGAUUGUCUUGGUGACUGUAAAAUUAAACUUGUGACCCAUUUUGUAGGUGUGGGCGGCCACUUGUGAUACUGCGUCGCCUCGUCGCACAGCCAGCUUAUGUUCGUGUUUGCGCGAUCCGAGCAUGCGUCCAGUCUAGCCUGUCUGAACAGUUUUGACACGGGCUGCGAUACAUCACCCCAGAUUGCUCUUCAGGCUUUAACCGGUCUGCUGAUAGAAACGAACAGGCGGGUUACAGGUAGCAGUUCAGAAGAUGAAGAUGCGAUCACUGUAACAAUAAGUUUAUUGGCCUGACGUUUCGGAUUCUCACUCGAGUGAGAAUCCAAAACGUCAGGCCAAUAAAUUUCUUGUUCCAGUGAUCGCAUCUCCAUCUUCUUUAACCGGUCUUUGAUUUCCAUGACCGUAUUGCGCAUGGUGGCUUUGGGACGGUGUGCAAUUCCAACACCUAACUCCGCAGCAAUGCGCUCGGUCGCUUCUGAAACGUCCUUCAUGUAUGAAAGAGAAUGCCAUAUCGUCGGUGGCGUUGAAGUUUGAGUUCUCUGGUGGCGACAGCGUAGGCAGCUACCUAUGAAUGCCCUCGGAUAACCAUUUUGCACAAACUGGUCACGGAGAUAACGGGCCUCACAUGCUCUGUCCUCUGGUUUUCUGCAAUUAGUUUGGAUCCGUUUGAAGAGCGUCUUCACGCAGCUUCGUUUGUGAGCCACCGGAUGGUUGCUGUGAAAACUGAGAAGCUGUGUGGUGUUCUUUGCCUUCCUAUAAACCGUCGUUUCAAGUUCACCGUUAAGGUUUGAUCCGACAAGCACAUCCAGGAAGGGCAACCGGUGCUCCUGGUCUUCUUCCCUCGUGAAUUUUAUAUCAGGGAAGACUGCGUUGAGCAGGCUGUGGAAAUGUUGCAGCAUGUCCUUCUUUACGAUGACGAAUGUGUUGUCUACGUAACGGCGCCAAAAUACCGGCUCAUGUUAGAUGAAGGCAAUCUUUCCUAACUCCUGAACAACCAGUUUUGCACUAAACCAGAGACCGGUGAGCCCAUUGGGGUUCCCUUGAUUUGUUUAUAGGUCUCUCCCGCAAAAGUGAAGAAAGUUUGUUGGCAUAAUUCGAACAGCCUCAUGAGGUGUUCAAUUUUGAGUGCAUUCUGGGUCUCAAAAUUGUCCCUGUAACUACACAGAGCAGACUGAACGCAUGCUUGGAUCGCACAUUCACGAACAUAAGCUGGCGCUUCGACGAGGCGACGUAUUAUCACAAGUGGUCGCCCACACCAACGAAAUGGGUCGCGAGUUUAACUUCGCAGCCAUCAAAAUAGUCGCCCACGCCGGAAACAAAACAGGCCGAGAAUGGAUUGAAGCCUGGACUUCGGAUGAGAACUCGGUCGAUCGAUUUAUCGAUCUGGCGCCGGCGCACGGAACCCUGCGUAGUCACCUCCAGUCUUGCGCCGUCGGUCGAUGAUUGGCCUACAUGCCUUAUAACUGUCGCUUGUUCUGUUGCUACUACUACCUCUGACGAUGGACUCCUGCACGAGUCUGAAAGCUCAGGACAAUAAAAAAAGUGUUCCGGUGCUCGACUCUUCUUCUUCACUUAGUCUCACACAUGUACCGGGAACUAGGCUGUGCGUGGCACGCGUAAACGAGCUGUCUAAGUGUGUUAGCAAUUGUGUCUGCGCUGACAUCUUGUCGUUUUGAUAUCGCCUUACAAUCGGAGCGAGGUGGGUGAGGAAGGAGGGAGUGUGCUAAAUGCGGCUCUUGCCUCCGUCACUAUAAACUACAGUAGGUGGGCUAACUCAUGAAAUGUCAACCGAAAUUCGGAAAUGUGUUUUCGUUUCGAAAAGAUUAAUUAAGUAGUGUCGUAAAAAUAAUCAGUCUGCAGUGUAAUUCUGUAAUAACUCAGUUACCGCAGGAUGCUCCCUCUUGAACGAACUUCAUUCCAGCUGCAUAAAAAAACUACAUUCUGUAAAAAAUGACUGCUUAAGUAGCAUGCAUUUUUUCUCAUUGAUUUUCGAUGUCCCUAAAAGUCCGAUUAUAUUUCAUGGAAAACAUGCACAAAGUAUUCAUUCUUUCGCUCAUCCGGUAGAUAAUUACGUCUUCUUCGAAUUUUAUACUCGAAGGAGGGGCAUAAUUUGGUUUUAAAAAAUAUACGGCUUGCAGUUUGGAAACCCUGAAUCCAAGUGCAACUUUAGAGCGGGCUCAAAAUUAUUCGGGAAUUGGAAAAGUUUUUGAAAACCGAACUCUACCCUUCCUUCGAUUAUAAAAUUGGAAGACGUAAUUAUCUACCGAAGGAGCGAAAGAAUGAAUACUUUUAUGCAUGUUUUCCAUGAAAUAUAAUUGGACUUUUCGGGGCUUCAAAAAUCAAUGAGAAAAAAUGCAUGCUACGCAAGUAGUAAUUUUUGCGCAGAGUGUAGUUUUUGUAUGCAGCCGGAAUUAAGUUCCUUCGAAAGGCAGCAUCCUGCGGCAACUGAAUUUUUACAGGAUUAUACUGCAGACUGAUUAUUUUUACAAUCUUACUGAAUUAAUCUUUUCGGAACGAAGGCGCAUUUCGGAAUUUCGGUUGACAUUUCAUGAGUUAGCCCACCUACUGUAAUUCACGCGCAAAUCACGGAAGCUGCAGCCACCCCCGCCCUCCGGGGGGGGACACUUGGCGAGCGUUGCCGCUCCCGACCUGCCGUGCGAAUGUGAGAAGUAACAAUGGAGACUUAGCGCACCAUAUCCUGCACUUCUUAAAUCUUGCAAAAAACAACAGAAAAGACCAUACGCAACUGGGUACGCAGAAGGCGCGCUCAAUGUGCGUUACUUUCUCUGAUGCGUAAAUGCAGACGAGGCACCAUCUGCUCAUAUCGCUCUUUUGCAUUAGCUGUUUUAUUUGAAAUUAUGAUAUUUGCAUUAUGAGGGGCCUUCGUGUGCGUCUCCAGAUUCUGGAAUCACAGUGUCCAGUGAUUGUGGGGAAUGUGUAAUAUAGAGUAGUAGUGACGUUCAUCAAUCUGUAUUCUUUACAGAACGGAAAAUGAACGAUUGCGUUUUGACUUUGAGUCCUGGCCUAGAACGUUCACGGCAGGUCGCAUAGCGGCAAAUGAUGGACAUUCACAAUGUGCUGCUUACGACACAUUACUCGGCUAGCUGACUGUUGGUCUGUACCUUCUUCGCCUGCGAUUUGGCAGAAACAUCCAAUUUUUAUCUCCGCUUCAGCAGGGAAAAUAGAAGAAUGGUUGAUUUUGGCCUAUUAAGGGACACUCACACAGAGAAAAUAUGGCCAACCAGGUAACCAAUCAGGAACGAGGUAAUUAACCAAAAAUUCGCCUAUAGGGGUGUGGUCUCGAGUGAGGCGCGUCAUUUGAGUAUUUGAGGAUAAAGAGUAAAUUAGCAGAAUAACAUUACAGACACAGACACGAAAGACCGGAGUGGACAUUUCUGGCUCAUUAGCCGUCAUCAGCCCAGCAGGACAGUACUUCAACUUACCACAUCAAGGGCGCCUCUAGUCUCCAAUUCAGUGCUACGGUUUUCCCUCUGGCCCGUAACUUUGGAAGACAGAAGUUGAUCCGCAUGCCACUUUCAAACGCAACACAUUUGACCAGUUUGUACUCCUUUUCCACAGUCUAACGGUUUCGACCAUUCUGAUCACAUCCAAUUUUAGUGGGACCCUUGCUUCCCUGUAUCCCUUCGAUACCCCGAUAGCUCCCGCUUGAUUCAAGUGACACAGCAGGAGAUCUGGGAUAUACCGAUAAAACGGAAGGCGACUGUGAUAGCAGGUGUUUAAAAUUUAUCUGGUGUCCUCGUCAGUCAACCAUCACCACUCACCUGCGAGCGGACACUUAACCGACAAUUCGACCGUCGUUGCCAACGACGUCCACCGUGUGCUCCACAGGAAGGUGAGAGCAGGGGCGGUGACUUGUGCGUGAAUUAGUUUGAAGCGACUGUAGACUUGCACAGCAUCUACCGUACUCUCUCCUCCUCCCCCACCUGAACCGGGUGUCAAGACAAAGUCAGGAAAACCGGAGGUGGGACGGGGCGCGGGUGGAUAGCACGGUCGAGCCCACGCCUUGGCGCUCCACUCCACACCCCUGGUCCACACAGCAAAUGACCAGACUUUUAACUAACAGCAAAAAUGAGGGGACUGCGGCAGGGGUCCCAGCGUGCGCCACCUCUGUCGGCAACCGGGUCUGCCACCGCACCCCCAAACGUUAGUAUUUGUUAUAGAGUGCAAAUCCGAUAACGCCUGCCAGAAUCCUAUAUGGUCCCCGUGUUGUUCUAGCGGACCAGCACAAGCACGGCAUGCAUGUCCGACAGACGAGGUUGAGCCAGCAGGUCGAUAUCAUCGUAAAAACAACGUCCCGUCAGCAGUUUCGAAUCAGACAGUCUUUUUCGGAUUCGGCACUACAUCGAGGUCGGUCGGGUUCAAACAAUCAUCGUCGGUGGGGUUAGGUUCAAGAUCAGGGCGACGGUCUAAUUUUAUAUUUGGGCCAUUGUUGGGGUUGGGACACAGGAAUAUUUUCCCCUUUCCGAAAGUAUGCGCAGGUCUCUCUUCAUUACUUAGGGGCCAUAUAAGUCAGACCUGCCGUCUUUUUUAGAAAAGUGGGCUAGAUCGUUUUGCUUCCUGCGAUCCGUUUAUUUUCCUCCCCUCCAGCAGAAAACUUAUGGCAUGGGCGAAUGCAUGCAGCAUCCGCAAACAUAAAAAAAUAACUUUUUUUAUGGAUUAACGUAACAUAAGAGGGCUUGGGGAUAUUUACGUUCUUCAUGUUCCACGGAGGGACUUCAGCACAAGAGUUAGAGGACCUGAAAGCUUUCGAGCCUACGUCACGAGGGUAUCACUUAAAAUAUUAUCCUGGUUAGAUCGCAGUUGGUAGCCAGGAAGGGGGGAGGCGGACAGCCAGGGCCCUGUCGUACGGGAUCGGUGGGAAAGGGGGUUAUAUGGGUGGGUUAAAUUGAAGGGCUGGUAGAGGAAUGCUGGAGUAGCUGGGCAAAAGUAAAGUUACCAUAGAAAGUAAUGGGAAGUUUUAAGUAGGUGGAAUAAUGGCAGAAGUUAAAACCCUACACUUAACCCUAAAUUCUAACCCUGAGUGAAACAGUAAAUACUAACACUAAGCCUCAAAACCGAAACGUAACCAAGAUCCUAAAACCUAACGCUAACCAAAAACCUAGCCAAAACCAUAACCCUAACCUUGACCCUAAUCCCUACGCUAACUUCAGCCCUAACCCUUAGCCUAAUCGUAACCUUAACCUUAACCGUAACCCUAACGGGAACCUAAACCCUAACACUGAAAUCUGACCCUAAAAAGUAAACUCUAAUCCUAAAACUUAACCUACGCCUAACCCUACCCCUCACUAAACCCAACAGCCUGACCGAAACGGACGACCUGCCUAAAUCAAUAAGUGCACACCUGCAGAUAACAAGCUCCCUAGACAAGGUUAGCACACCUACUGAUAACAAGUACGUACGUCGACAGUAUCACCGUAUAAUGUCUAGCUACCAACUGCGACCUUACCAUUAUCCUAACAAACACGUAGGUAUUCUGCCUGCUGUAUUCCACUGAACAAAGACACCGAAUUCUGUGGAAGUCAUCUUAAGUGCGAACUGCUGCUGUCAGGUGUCAAGGUACUUUCCGUUGUAGUUCGGUGUUUUCCACGAACCCACAUUCUCAUAUCGGUCGUUCAGACUCUGUGCAGAGCUUUGCGGGCUUUCUGCAAAAGGCUAUACAAGCUGAAAGCCACCUCCAAGACUCCAAACCAAACCUGAUGUACCUGAGGGGAUUCUAGCAUUAGGCUGUUUGAUUCCAAAUCUGUGACUCCCGACAUUCAAAUUGCCAAGAAAUCAGAACAUUUUUCAAUUCUCAAACUUCCACCCCAGAUGGAUCCGUCUCCCAGCCCUCAGCGAGGUACGCACAUCUCCCGGUCUGGCGGCUUUGGCAACUCGUCAGGUCUUCGUCAUUGGUGGCUACAACGAGCGUGAUCUGGCCAAAGUCGAGUACUGUCAACUGCCAGACAGGCUCUCGGAAGACAUCAGCAGCUCCAACUUCUGGCGUGAGGCCGCGCCCCUGAACAUUGCUCGCUGCGGUCUCGGGGUAGCUGUACUGAGAGGGAGGAUCAUUGCCGCGGGAGGUGUCGCCUCGGAUGCAGUCGAAGUUUUCCAACCACCCAACGCCGAUAGCCAGCACGGUCAAUGGACGCUCAUCUCGCGAAUGAACCAAGAACGGUACAAGUUCUCUCUCGCCGCCGGCCAGGGUUAUAUUUUUGCAUUCGGUAGGCUGUUGUCCUCCACCUAUCGACGAAUCUCCAUGUUGCUGCUUUGCCAAACACCGUCCGGCGUCCGGUCACCUGUCGCUAAUCUUUGCCUUUUCACACCUAACACCUGUCCGAAGGCUGUGGACGGUUUUAUCUCAUAGUUACAGGGACAAAUGAACUAACGGAGUGCUGUUUCGGUGGUUGCCCGUUCCCACUGGCCCGCCUAGGCUGUCUCUCCGCAGAGCUAUUUUUCAUUGGUGCAACAAUGAACGCGGAAAAUCGGUUCAUUGGAAUAAAACUCAAUUUUAAGCGUUAACAUUACAGUGGGCAUGCUAACUCGUACAAUGUUAACCGAAAUUCUGAAAUGUGUUUUCGUUUCAAAAAAAAUUGCUUAACGAGGGUUUUAAAAUUAGUCAUAAUGCAGCAUAAUUCUAUAAAUAUUCAGUUGCCAUGAGAUUCUGGCUUUCAAACGAACACCUUUCAGGCCGCAUGCAAUAAUGACACUCUGUAAAAGAUGGUUACUAAAGUAGAACGAAUUUUUCUCAUUGAUUUUUGAUGCCCGCAAAAAUUAAAUUAUAUUUCAUGGAAAACAUGCAUACAAAUAUUCAUGUUUUACUUCUUCAGUAGAAAAUUGCGUCGUCUUUCAGUUUUAUACUCGUAGGAAGGUCAUAAUUCGGUUUUCAAAUCUUUCCAAUUCCCGAAUAAUUUUGAACCCGACCUGCCGAUACACUUGCAUCCAGAGUUUCCCAAUUAUAAGCCGUUUAUUUUCCGCGUACAGAAAUCCAUACAUUUCUCCACGGUAUUAAAAGGAGACUAAAUGGGGUUCAUCAAAUUUAACAGUGGACUUGGGUCAUAUUGUUAACUUUACAAGCCACAGUGGUAAAUGCAAAGACUUGACGCUUUAUGAACGACCAUUUCGCGGUAUUAAAAAAUCUCACAAUUUGAGCCACAUUGUAAACUCUACGAGUAGCAUUAGUAAGUGCAGAGACACGAUGUUUUACGGACGAACAUUUUACGGUAUUAAAAAUGUCAUAAUAAGAAAACUCUUCGAAUUAAAUUAUGCCCUUUCUCCAAUUAUCAAAUUAAAAAAAUGCUUAAAGGAUACAUAUCUGUAUGCAUGUUUUCCAUGAAAACCAAUGAGAAAAAGUCGUCUUAUUUAAGUAGUCAUGUUGUGCAGAGUGCCAUUAUUGCAUGCGGCCUGAAAAAUAUUCGUCUAAAAACCAGCAUGUACUGGCAACUGAACUAUUAUAAAAUUAUGCUGCAUGAUGACUAAUUUUAUAACCCUACUUAAGUAAUUUUUUUGAAACCAAAACACAUUUCAGAAUUUUGGUUAACAUUUCUUGAGUUAGCACACCUACUGUGCAUUAAGAAGCUUCGCACUUUUUUCAAAGAUCCAAAGCUAUAAUUUACUCGUUCAGAGGUAUUUACCCAUGAGUCAGUACUUCUUACAGUGUGUACCACGCACGGACAAUGGAAGUCCAUAGAAUUCAAGAGGGAGCCGCUUCCACAUACCUGCAUGUACCGACUUGAGUUUCGUGUCAUUUCCUCGUUGAAAACACCAUGUAAACAAUUUUGUUUAUACAUUUUGACGCAAGUACUGAUUAACUGCUUGAGUGCGCUUCGGACAGAAGGUCAUUCUAUGGAAUCAUCAUACAUAAGAGUGGGGCCAGCAUACAGUAGGUCACCAAUCUCGCGAAAUCGUAACCGAAAUUCUGAAGUGUUUUCUGGAUUAGGAAGGAUUACUUAGGUGGGGUUGUAAUAUUGAUUCCUAUGAAAAAUGAUUCCGCGAUUUUUCAGGCACGGCAGGAAGUUGACUACAGAGUACAGUUUCUCUCGUUCACUUGCACAAAGCACACUCAGCAAGAAGUGACCAUUUAAGUAGCAUGAUUUUUCUUACUGAUUUUCGAUGGCCUUAUGAAUUCAAAAGUUUUUCGACUAGGAAGGGUUGCUUAAGUGGGUUGUACUAUUAAUCAUUGUACAGUAUAAUCCCAUGCUAUUUCAUUUACGCGACGAUGACCGCUUUUUAAUGAGCCUCUUUCCGGCCGUCGGUAAAGAGGACUACUCACGUUCUAUGCAUUCCCUCACUGCUCUUCGAUGUCAGCAUUACGUCCAAAAUAUUUUAUUGAGGAUGUGCACAAACACCUUCGCUCUUGUACUCAUCUGGUAGCCAGCUGCACCUUCAGUUUUUACCUCGAAGAAAGGGUGUCUUGUGGUUUAAAACUUGUGAUCAGGAAUUCUUCAAGACAGUAACAUGUCAAUUCAGAUGACGUCGUAUCUGUCUCUAUUAAUGCUGCGUACGAGGUCCACUGCGUAUAAAGUAUACAACUUGAAGAUCGUAAGCCCUAAAUGCAAAUGCAAUGGCGGAUCGGGUUUAAAAUAAUUCGAGGAUUUAAAAAAGUUUCUGAAAAAAUUUAAAGCCACCUGUUUUCUAGUAGCAUAAUUGGAAGAGGGCUAAUUUGCUGUUAUAUGGACACAAGCAAAAAUUCAUAUGUUUAUUUUUCUAUAAUACACCGAGGUUCAAUGUACAAAUCCAUGCUACUCAAGUGGCUAUUCUGCUGUGUAGUUUUUUUUCUGGCUGCCGGAACAAAACGCAUUCAAAUCUGUACGAUAAUCGAUGUUACAAGUCCGCUUAGUUAAUCCUUCUUAAUCGAAAACACGCUUCAGAAUUUCGAUUAACAUAUCAUAAUUCUGGUCAUGCAUUGUAAUUUCUGUAGUAUGCUUUGUUCAGCAGGUUUUUUUAUGUAAUACAUGAAGCAGGUCUUCGGUGGCUAGCUUGUUACUUGGCAAACGUCAGUCAGCUUUUCCUUAUUUCAAAGGAUACUAUGUGAUAUGAUCAUAUGGAACUGCGCUGUUUUUCCCUCUGCCCCGGUAUAAACUUCCACCUUAUUGGUCAGAAAACACCCCCAAGCAGUUUCGCUGUCUCGCACCGCCUUCUCGGAGCAAGAGUUUAACCUCUGCUCCUGCCAACGCCAACUCAGAGUGCUAUUCACCGAUCCAUCACAUUUGCAGGGGUGAUAUACGUGCGACUCCUUUGUUCCCUGCGUCGCUGGUUUAAUGGCCGUUGCAUAGCGACGACUAUCCGGUUAUCGGAAUGUGUCAGCGACAAAGGCGAAAGAAACGGUGCAGCAGUUUCCAGCACAUUCACCCUCGUCAGCCAUGUCCCUAUCAGUCGACAGUCGAACAUUUGAAUCGAAACCUCUACUGUAAGAACCACAUCUUGUUAGCUGCUAGCAGAAACAUUUAGACUCGCGUGGAGGUGUGGAUCUAAAGUCUAUUCCAAUUAUGGGCUGGAAUACAGGGGAUCCGGCCUUGUUUUGGAUCCUGGAGUCCUGCCGACCCGGGGUUUCGGCCGUGGCUGACUGACGACAGUGAAUAGACCAGAAACGGCCUCGAUUUCCUCAAUGGCAUUAUUCGAGUAUUCUCAGUAUUCUGAAACAGACUUCCGGUUUCCCUAUUAAUGCAUCCCUCAUGUCGCCUCACGCAUAUCUUGAGCUGCUAUACGUACUUUCUGACCCCUCGUUGAGUUGGCUGUCAGAAGUCUGCUUGCUAGGGUUAUGCAAUAGACUCUUGUCAAUCUCCCCUACUAGUGACCGUGUCCGGUUCGGACAUUGGAUCACAUGCUUCCAUCAAGUGGCGCAUUCAACGUAACAGUUAUAAAAUAUUUUUACUGAACCACUAAAAGUAGUAUGUCUAUGAACGGAGGCGGUUAUAUCAGGGGAGAAGUGUUCGUUUCUAAUGGCGUGUCGCCACGCAUCCCUCUACUAAUAAAGAUUUCUCUUAAAUGUGUCUACGGAUGGGGACAUGACGACCUCCAUAGGCAGAGCAUUCUAUGCCUUAAUCACUUUGUUGGGAAAGAAAAACCGCUUUGGGUCCAGUCUUGCCCCAGUCGCACGUAGUUCGAUAGGAUGUCCUCUCGAGCGGGUGGUGGUGGCCAGCUCAAAGAAGUCGCCGGAUGCGAAGCGGCAUUCCUGCGAAAACCUUCGGGUAUUUUAUUGUCCGCUUAUUAAGAUUAUUCAGUCAAAUAUCCCCUUCGGCAGACCACUAUCAAGACCGUGUUCCCGUCGAAAAACCUUCCUAACUCGCCGCGGGUCAAACGCAAAGAUUUGGAUGCAAGAAGCCGUGAUCAUGACCUCAUUUAAUGUCGUUCAGACUUUGUGUUUGAAGCUUGUGUGAUCCAAUGGAAGUAUGACGGAUAACUACUGCCUGGAGCGCGGAAUGCGGUGAAGGAUUAUCCUGCAGUAAGGUAUUUCGGAAAGCUGCCAUGGGUUUCACCAUUAUUUUGUCUAUAACUACGCAAAAGGGUACGAUUUUAGCCCUUUCGCCUGUGACAUAGAUAGUAUCAACGUUAUAGAGGCAUAGUCGAAAUGACAGCAUGUCCCGUGGCCUUAGGCAGGUGACAGCACGCAUUUGUAUUCCCCUAGGCUUUCCACCAAUCCUUCCCUGAAAAAUCACUCACUUCUCCUAUUUUCUCUGUCAUUACGUUUGAACUGGACGUAGGGUACUAACCACAAACCUUCAACGCGGUGAAAACUUUAAUGUGCACGUGAAACGAUGUUAAAACUCAGCGUGAUUAUCACAGGUACAGUAGAUGUGCUAACUCAUGAAAUGUCAACCAGAAUUUAGAAAUGCGUUCCCGUUUCGAAAAGAUAAAUUAAGUAGUGUUGUAAAACUAAUCAUGAUGCAGCAUAAAUCUAUAAUGAUCCAGUUACCUCAGGGUGUCGGCUUUCGAAAGAACUUAUUUUCGGUUGCAUGCAAGAACCCUACUCUGCAAAAAAUGACUACUUUAGUAGUAUGCAAAUUUCUCAUUGAUUUUUGAUGUCCUUCAAAAUUCAAUUAUAUUUCAUGAAAAACAUGCACAAAAAUAUUCAUUCUUUUACUUAUUCGGUAGAAAAUCACGUCUUCUUCCAAUUUCAUAAUCAAAAGAAGAGUAUAAUUCGGUUUUAAAAAACGUUUCUAAUUCCCGAAUAAUUUUGAACCCAACCUGCUGUUACACUUGCAUUCAGGGUUUCAAAACUACAAGCUGUAUAUUUUCCGUGUACGGAAAACCAUGCAGUUCUUUACGGUGUUAACAGGAGAACAUAUGAGGUUCAUAAAAUUAAGCAGUGGAUUUGAGCAAUAUUGUAAACUUUACAAGCCACAUUCGUAAAUGCAGAUACAUGACGUUUCAUGAACGGCCAUCUCACAAUUAGAAACUUUUUUAAAACGGAAUUAUACUCUUCUAUUGAGUAUGAAAUUGGAAGAAGACGUGAUUUUCUACCGAAUAAUUAAAAGAAUGAAUAUUUUUAUGCAUGUUUCCAUGAAAUAUAAUUGAAUUUUCAAAGGCCUCGAAAAUCAAUGAGAAAAUUGCACACCACUUAAAUAGUCAUUUUUUGCAGAAUAGAGAUCUUGCAUGCAGCCGAAAAUAAGUUCUUUCGAAAGCCGACACCCUGUGGUAACUGGAUAAUUAUAGAUUUAUGCUGCAUCAUGAUUAAUUUGACAACACUACUUAAUUUAUCUUUUCGAAACGAGAACGCAUUUCGAAAUUUUGGUUGACAUUUCACCAGUUACCACAUCUGCUGUAUGUACUUAUAGGGCAUUGAGCUCUUGUGAUUUUGGCGAUGGUAGCGCCUACGCACUGGAGCUCCGCUGGAAAACGUGCCUCUUUGAAAGUGCCUGUUGUGUUGACAAGUGUUCAAAAUUCUCUAAGGUAGCAUUAUGGAUCUUUAUUGCAGAGUCGUUCUUCCGAAAGGUCACAAAACUGUCACGAAGAGCAAUUUUUGAUCUGUUUUACCAUAUUCGCCAUCUUGAAACCCUUCUGAAAGACACUGUUGUCCACUCCCUUUGCGCCGAUGGUGCAUUCGAAAGUGGAAGGGAAUUAGACAGGAUUUCAAACUCCUCCACCGUCAUUCGGGCUCAGAGUCGCGUCCGCAGAGGAUGAUUGGCCUCAGAAGUGCGGAUUGCCUUGCUUUCCAUUGAACCGGGUGUUCUAAACGACAUAUAAAAGAUGGAUGCAACUAACAGGAAGCAUAUGCACGGCCAAAAGAACACCAGCUCCACUCCUCUUAUGGAUUUAGAAGGUAAUCAAUGUCAUGGUCACACGUAAGUCACAAUCCUGCGUUCACUACGCCAUGGGGCAUAUGAAGGGAAUCGUCGUUCGCGACAGUUAAAAUGACAUGAGAACCGCUUGCAAAAUUGACUGUACUAAAGUCACGCUACAACUCUAGACGGUUUUGUGUGUAAAUUACGCGACUUUUGGCCCUUUUGGAUUCUAUCGUAUUUUAAACCGCUUGGUCGGUCAGAAAUGCCCACGAGAUCAAAAGGGCUGCACGAGAUCAAGGUCAGAAAAUGCACUUUUUUGGUUAUUCAUCACCAGAUCGGAACAGUAAUGUACGUUACCAAUGAAAACGGAUUAGCUUUGGGUUGAGGAGGGUUGAGGGGAAGGACCUGUGAUCGAGCUUUUAGGCUUGGAACAAUGAAACGAGGUGUUGGUGGGGCGUUUUUUGCGACGCGUCGCUGCAACACUACGUGUUAGAGGGUGGACAGAAUUUGUCCGUGUGUUAGGGCACAAAGAAGUUCAGUUCGAAGCAUCUGUUUUGAAGAAAGUUAACUGUUCAUAACAGGAAAGAUUCGUCGCGCAAAAGCCUACGAUGAAAAGUUCUGAAAGUUCAGUAUAUUACUUGCAAAUGCAAUCCAACAGUUUUAAAUCGGCAGAGAGGCGGUUUAGCUAGCCUCUGAAAGACGGGGAUAGGCGGUGUGUCGUCUCUCUCUUUAGUCGAAUCUCCUGAAAUCGACAUGGCAGGACUGCUCCGAAACGCUGAUAUGAUUCAAUAGACCCAAACUGUGAAGCAUAAAGCGCAAACUAAUAAGAUUUCUGGACAACUGUUAAUGGUUCUGUCCUUCGGCCAGUCAGAGAUAUUUCUUAAUUUUUUGAAAAUCCGUUUGUAAGCUAUAGCAGAUGAUGGCUAAUAUACUAUAGGCUGCAUAAACAGCUCACCAUGUCCCAAAACGUAACCCAUGCAAUCAAGUCUGCUGUACUUUCUGAGCACGCGUGAUUAUAUUUGGAAUGUUGUCUGGUAAAAACAAAUAUCGAUGUUUAAAUAAUUACAUAAUAUUACACGGUUGAUAAAACUGCAUGAUUCCGCUCUUCUCGUGAAUGCGUGAACCGUCAUGCCGACCGGUCAACUCUGCUCACCCAUAUGCGAAAUGUUUACUCCUCUAAUUUGCCUACUGACAGCCACAGAGUAGAUAGUGUAUUUAUCUUUUCGUUUAGCCUACAAUGACGAGGACGCUGGGACUUGCUGGCAUACAUUAGUCGGCUGAUCACGCGGCAAUUAGCUCACUACCGCACCGCUACCUCAUGUCCCAUUGAAAUGCCAUGCACCCAACUGUCCUAAUUGCAGGCAGAAAUAGCAGGUAUUCCGUGUUGUGUUGACGCUAUUGAUUGCCAGCUGAGUUACAAUCGACUACGUGAGCUACAAACUCUCGGCCCUAAGACAAAACAGCAUCGUCCGCAUUCUGUUCUGCAAUGCGAACAGAUGAGGGGCGCACCACUGAUAUGGCUAUGUCUUGUACUGUUGACGCAUUCGAAGCACAACUACCUAAAACUGACAUGAAAACACAUGGUAAACUGGCUAUACUGCUUCUGUUUCAUCUACUUCUGGGGUGCAAUCUUUUUGGUUGCCCGACGCACUGCUAUUCGCAUUCAGGGAAAAAUGCGGACACCAUACAACCUUCACGCGUGCCCUCCGAAUAGAAAAGUGAAGCCUCAGACUUGCAUGUCGAAAUGACAAGCGUCCGAUUUCACACAGUAAUGGCUUUUAAAAGUGCUCGGUUCCUCAUCAACUGCAUGUGAACCAUGCCCCCGUGUAGGCAAACAUGUGUCCCUUAAAACGGGCAACGCAGAAGUAACGUUGGAUCAGCAUGGCGACAGAUCAGAGUACGACACGCGUUGCUGAGCUGAACACCCAUAACAAAUGCCAUUACUUUUCAAUGUCCCUAAAAUUCCAAUUAUAUUUCAUGGAAAACAUGCAUAAAACUAUUCAUUCAUUUGCAUAUUAGGUAGGAAAUUACGUCUUCUUCCAAUCUUAUAGUCGAUGGAAGUGUAUAAUUCGGUUUUCAAAAAGUUUUCCAAUUCCCGAAUAAUCUUGAGCCUGCUCUACUAUAACACUUGAAUUCAGGGUUUCCAAACUACGAGCCGUAUUUUUUCCGCAUACGGAAAACCACACAUUUCUCCACGGAUUUGACCCAUAGUGUUAGCUUUACAAGCCACGUUGGUAAAUGCAGAGACAUGACAUCUUAUGAAUGGCCAUUCCACGGUAUUAAAAAGUCGCACAAUUAGAAACUUGUUUAGAACCGAAUUACGUCUCUCCUUCGAGUAUAAAAUUAGAAGACGUAAUUUUCUACCGAAUGAGCAAAAGAAGACUACUGUUUGCAUGUUUCCCCUGAAAUAUAAUUGAAUUUUUAAGGUCAUCGAGAAUCAAUGAGAAAAAGUCAUGUUACUUAAAUAGUCGUUUUUAACAGAGUGUAGUUCCUACAUGCAGCCGAAAGAAAGUUCGUUCGAAAGCCGCCAUCCUGAGGUAACUGAAUUAUUAUAGAAUUAUGCUGUACGAUGACUGGUUUUACAACCCUACUUAAUUAAUCUUUUCGGAACGAAAACGCAUUUCAGAAUUUUGGUUGACAUUUCAUGAGUUAGCCCACCUACUGUAGUUCAAGUACCGCCGGUGUUUAGUCCAUGUGCUGGUAAGUAAGGGGUAGCAAGUGUGACUCUUCUUAAACCUUUAUAUAUGGACACCACGUUGACCUUCAAUCUUUGCCUACUUUCCUUACCUCUUACGUCACCACCGUCUAUGCUGGUGUUUGUGUCGCGUAUUUUGAGGGCACCUUUAGUUAGAUCAGUACAUUUAGGCUUUGUUAGAAGCUGAUUUUUGGGGAAACAAUCGUUAAAAUAGUGUAGUUGCCGAAGACGUUGAGGGCAGCACACGCGAGACGACGUGAAGCAAUGGGAAUAACUCCGGACACAGAACGAGCUGAAAAGAGUCGUGAGACACUAUGAGCGAGAAGAAGAAUUUGAUAACCAUAUAUAUAUAUAUAUAUGAAUGGUUGAGGUAGUGUGCAUUCCGAGAUAGUAUGGUGAAUAUAUAAGGCCCGUCGAAAAAAAUCGAUUUGUACUCCAGUAAAACUUUAUUUUCUCCGACGAGUUUUCGAUUUUCAUCUAUGUAUAUAUAAAAUGGUAGGGGACGCUCACCGAUCGUUCUUAUGGAACUCACUCGUUCCUUUGUGCCAUACGGGCUCUCUCUCUCGAGCCCAACCAGUAGCCGCACUGCAGCGCAUGAUAUAGGCAGAAUGGCAUUGCCGACAAAGACAAAGGAGACUGGAAUGGUCAUUCCUUUCUUACUAGCCGUCGUCAGCCAGUCAUGCCCAACCCCGAAGUGUGGAACGUCCGAGGCUCGAACUCGCGAUCUGUUAGCUAGAGGCCCACGCCUCUAACCACUGAGCCACGAGCCCAUUGCCCUGUCGGUUUCGAUCUGGAAUAUGCAAUGAUAGAGGGCCAUUCCAGUCUACCAUGUCUUUGUCGGUAAUGCAUGAGGCACCAGCAACUCAAGGGAAAAGGUAUUUCCAAUACUACGGCCGCUCAAGCACCAAAACCAACUACAUGGCGAAUUCUCCCAUACGUCAAAAAUGUAUUUGAACUUGUCGAAAGACAAUUGAAAAAGUACCAGAUACAAGUAGCACACCAGCCGGCAACUACCUUACGCACACAGCUUGUACACCCUAAGGACAGGGUCGGCUACCUCGAAAGAAAAGGUGUUGUCUACAAAAUCCCAUGUUCUAGUUGUGAUGGCGUUUAUUGUGGCCAAACUGGGAAAUCUGUCUCAACCCGUCUACAUGAGCAUCAGCGGUGAAGACACGCGACCGUCUAUCCCAGGUGGCCAUGUACACACUGGACACGGGGCAUAAAUUCGCAUGGGAAAACACUCGCAUUGUUGGCGCCUGCCAAACAAGGAAAGGCCGCGAAUUCCUGGAGGCAAUGCCCCCAGAUAAGACAUGCAUCAACCGGCAUAUCGAUUUAGAUGCCACAUACAAAAUCGUUAAGGAAAGAUUCAAACUGAGUCAACCAAUCCCGAGAUGAGGACCUUAACCAAUCAUGGAAUCCUUUUGCCAGACUCAGCCUAAAAGUUAAUUGCUUUUGCACACCCGUUGUCUGAAGACGAGCUGGGAACCAGUCUCGAAAAUUCACAAUAAAAUUUUGCUGUUUCCCAAAGAACUUCACCUAAUUAUAUUUCUUGGGAUGCCUGUUUUUUCAAUAUAUAUAUAUAUAUAUAUAUAUAUCAAGUGAAUAGUUUCAGAAAUUACUCAGUGCAGGACUUGCAGUUGAAUCUCCGGGACAUGACCCUAAAAAGUCAUGUUCCGGAGAUUUAACUCCAUGUCCUGCACUGAUUCAUUUCUGAAAUUAUUCGCUUGAUUAUUCUCUGGAGUUCAUAUACCAGAAAUCGCUAGAGAACGCUGGGGGUCCCACUGAAGAGCCGAAGCCCUCGCAGCUGUGUCACGCAGCGGCAGAAUAUCGGCGAAACACGUGUCUGGGCUUUUAGCAAGUAUCUACGUCGGGAGUACGGUAUAAUACCUUUACCAUAUGGAUUUCGUACUAGUCGUAGUACUACUUGUUUGUAGAAUGGGCAUUACGUGGUUAUUCCACAGUAGUUGAUUUUCUUCGACUCGAAUGUUCAUUGAAAUUUUGGUUCUGACCCUAAAAAGUCAUGUCCCGGAGAUUUAACUGCAAGUCCUGCACUGAGUAAUUUCUGAAAUUAUUCACUUGAUUAUUCUCUGGAGUUCAUAUACCAGAAACCGCAUAGAGAACGCUGGGGGUCCCACUGAAGAGCCGAAUCCUUCGCAGUUGUUUCACGCAGCGGCAGAAUAUCGGCGAAACACGUGUCUGGGCUUUUAGCGAGUAUCCGUGUCGGGAGUACGGUAUAAUACCUUUACCGUAUAUAUAUGAUAUAAACAGGCAACAAUUUUGCAUAUAUAGUAGCAGCCAAUAGUACAAUAAGAAAUGAUUUACAGCAGGGGAUGACAUGUCUGGACGGAGAGGUGACGCUGACGUACCAGGUAAACAAUCGGUGGAGAACGGAGCGCUGUGGGCAACUGUGGGGGAGGGCCGUUGUAGGUAUCGACGUAGGCAUAGGAGAGAGUUGCAGGAUGGAGGUCGGUGGUAGAUAGGAAAGGACACGCGUUCUUUUUCGCGGACACGUGGUUUACCACUACCACCACCAUCCCAUAUCCGCGCGAAUGUGUCACUUCAUUCAAACAAUCCUCACCAGUUCGUGGGGCGUCACAACGGAACCAGUGCGCCCUGUAGAAACAUACGCCAUUCACACUUCACUCAACUUCUCACACCAGACUGUCUUUUGCUCUUGUAGCGUUUUUAAGUCUGCCAAGCAAGGACAACCACUAGGCAUUUUGUGUCAUUUUCCUUCAUUUGAUCUGCCAAAGUUCGGCUUGUGACAAGAUCGAAAAUGUCAGCAGUUUUUUUUAGAUUGCCACCACUCAUGUGAAGCUUCAGGGCUCACCUUCAUCUGCCUACUCGGUCCCGCCGGAUGACGUAAAGAGCUCCGCUAUUUGCGCGUGACUACCCAAUAAAAGGCGAAAAAAGGGUUUCUGCCAUUUUUACUUCGCCGAACACCCUUUUAUUUUCUCGCCGCACACUGUUUGGCGUGAUCAGCAGUCUGGAGUUUAAUUAGGGCCCGUUUUAAACGCCUGAGCAGAUUUUAAUGUGACCCUAUGCAAAAACUUAAAUCCGUGACGUAUGACACACAAUUUUCGCCUCCACCUUUUGGCUGAAUGAAGCCAGAAGAACCGAGGUUCAGAAACGGAUAUGCGUAUCCCCGCUUCCCCCCUCUCCUUGAACUACGAUGCAAGGUCACCUAUAAAAGGCAAAUGGUGGUGAUAGAGGUCUUUUAGGCGAGAACGUGUGGUGUUCUUAGAUAUGUGGGAAAAAAGUCGUAUUCGCCUCUCAUGCUGAUUUUAAUGCAUUAAAACACCCCCUGUGUUGGAAGAUAGUUCCACCCCCUCUGAACUAUGACGCAAGGCCGUCUGUAACAUGGGAAUGGCGCUUAUACUGACCUUUUAAGGGGAUGGAGUUUGGGGUUCUUAAGCUCACAGGAAAAGGAAAAAAUCGCAUUUCCGUGGUAUGCUCGUUCUUAGGCAUGAAAAGUGCACUUUUUGGAAGGUAAUUCAUGGGCUGACUGCAGAGUUGGUAGAAAACCUUUACUGAGGUAAGAGAACGUACAGGCGGGUCAGUGGGCAAUGUCAGCAAGUUGGCUCACCCAGGGAGUGAAAGUUCCUGCACGACGCGCGUACAUGCGCCUGGGCUUUGUCUGCCUGCAGCCAAUCAGUGAAAGACGCUGCGUCGAUCGUCCUCGAGCUUUCGUCAGGCUGGGGCCCAGUCACAUGCGACUCUCGUAGUCGACUGACAGGGGACGUGUUGUAAUUGUUUGACAUACUGACAACACCCGCACUAGCUAAAAACCCAGACACGCGUGUUUCGCCGAUCUUGUGUCAUUGUUUGACACAGUUGCGAGGGGUUUGGCUCAUCAGUGGGUCUCCCAGCCUUUCCCGUGAGUUUUCCGGCAUAUGACCUUCAGUUUCACCUUACCUUGUUUAAUUUCCGAGGAAAUUAAUGCGCGAACUGUGGGGGCGUUAGACGAACUGAAGGCGCAUGGACGUGCGGCUUCGAUGACGAUCGCGAGAUCAGAUUGCCACAUAUGAAUCCACUUCCUGCAAACUGCCAAGACUCCGAAAAAAACGUCAUUUGGACACCCGCCACAGGAAGAUAACUGAGCAGCAGGUCGAAAAACAAUGUGUUUGGAUAGUAUUUAGUCAAACUCGUCCUGUCUGCCAAGACUGAAGCAAGCAAUCUAUCAAAGUUCAUCAAAGUCCGCGGAAAUAGUAUGUACACGAUUGACCAGUUUCCAUAAUCACCGAUGAGGUCGGGCAUUUGAUUCGUAUUGCGUCUUUUCAUCUGAAAACGCCACUUGGUGUAUUUGGUGGACUUUCCCUUAACUCCUAAAGCUUGGACAUUAGCUAAUUAGACGAUGAUUCUGCUGGGUUUUAUUAGCGGCGUUUCACUUAAGAAGCACAAUCUAUUUUCGUCCCCACCGUCCGUUAGGCAUACCCGGCCGAAUUGGAAUUCUAAAACCAUUCAGAGUUCGCCUCCACUCAAAAAUCCUGAGUUUUUCGGUCGACUAUGUUAACAGACUAGCGUUAUGCUGAGUCCUCUGAUGAUGUAUAGGCCCUUAUAACGUGGAUAGUCCGGGAAGCACUAAAAAACAAGAUUCUGGCAAUCACAACAAAAACCUCCUUACCACUUGACUGUGUUGAUUUUUUUUCUUUCCUUCAACUUGCCAUCUACUGGUAAUAACAAACCUUCCACCCAUUGGAACUACGUAUUUGCCGGUCGCGUGUGUGAAUAAUACUCAAUGUCGUGCCCACCCUAACCAUCAUCUUUGCGCUCCGAUAGCGCAAAUCAUCCUCUCUAGAUAGCUCAAAGGCGAGUCUAGACGAUUGUCUACAGCUGGCGGACGGAUGACCCUUCCCUGUCUGGAUCUGCGUUCAGUCUGUGUGCGUCCAAAUGUGAACACACUAUUAGCAAAAUUGCUAUAUCGGCGCAGUUUCUCACGUGAUUUUUUGCCUUGCUCUUUUCAGGCAGCCAUCAAGUGCCUGUAAACACGGUGGAGCGACUGGAACCGACUGGUGAGAGCCAACGCGAGGACGACAUAACCACCUGGCGGUGGACUUCUGUCUCGGUUCCGUUGGUCCAUCGAAUUGAGAUUGAGGGAGCCCUGGCUGUGUCGGAGUCCGUUCUGACUAAUUUUCUCACUUACGUCUACCGUCGAGAGCAUGGAAUUCUUCACUGUCGAGUAGGGUCUUCAUUGGAAAAUUGACUUUUUCAAGUGGUCGUUCUCCCUGCUACUACGGCCUUCUAUGUGUGGGAUGUGGAAGAGGAGGGCGGGUUGUUGUCAGCAGCUCCCAAAUUUACGAAUACAAACUUAUUAUUUUGAAGAGCCUUCCACUUCUCACAUACGCAUAUCGAUUUAGAUGUCACAUAAAAAAUCCAUAGGUGUUUUGGCAGAUUUUGAAUAAUUCAUAUUGACCCAACUGAGGAAAAUUCGGCGCCUCCGUGGGAUUCGAACUCACUACAGCAAGGGGAAGGUUUUAGUACAGCCAACGCUGUAGCCACGUGAACCGCGAGGCCCCAGAGGGAGAAAUGAGUUUACUCACAUCUGGGUCAAGUUACCCGUCCGACCUUAAGGACAAGUUCAAAUGGGCAAAGCCAAUCCCCCAAGGUUUGACAUGAUGCAGUUGAACCGUAUUGGCUCAGACAUCUUCCGACUGUAGAAUACUUUGUUAGAAAGGUUAGGUAGUUGAUUGUUUUUGUACAAAACCCAUAGUCUGAAUUCCAGUAUCGUUAAUCGGUGCACCUAAUUACAAGAUUUCUAAAUGGCUAUUCCAUAAACUCCAUCCGUUGACAAAGGAUUGUGAAACGUCGGUCAAUAAUUCUUUAGAGUUUCUGGACAAAUUACAAGGAUUGAUAAUUGCAAGAGAGGAAAAAGGAUAUCCUUGGAUGUCGCCUCUCUGUUUACAUCCAUACAAAUGAAUUUAGCUAGAAAAUGCGUAGAAAAACAUCUCCAGUCUCACGACACGGAUAUUCCUGCAUCUGUUUUGUUAGAAUUCUUGGAGCUCUACACAGGAAUACUACCCACAGCUGGAGGGAGCCUAUAUGGGAUCAUCCAUCUCUGGUUUUCUAGCGGAAGUCACGAUGGGAAGGUUAUACUGAUGACACCUUUGUCAUUAUUAGAAGAGAUCAACUGGGGAUGCUCCACAGCAUUAUCAAGUCAACGCUUCCAGGGAUCACAUUCACACUCAAGAAAGAAACUGACGCAAACUCCCAUUUCGUGAUGUCCAGGUACAGAGAAAGACUGAGGGGACAUUUCACACAUCAGUUUAUGGCAAGAAAACCUACGCGAAAAUUCUUUUACAUAAGGAGAGCAAUCUGCUGAUCUCCCACCAACGGAUUGCCGUGGAUAGUCUCCUUAACCGAGCAAAAACUCACUGCUCUGACAAUGGAAUCUUCCAAACAGAACGGGAUUAUUUGUGCAAACUGUUUUCCCAAAACGGGUAUCUUAAAGAUUUUGUAAACCGAUGUAUGAGACAACAGGAGUCAAAAGAAAAAGCCGAGGAACUAGAUUGUUCCGAUCAGGCGUUCAAACCAAAAAUCGGCAAACACUUCCGUGCAAUAUAAGUGUAUCCGAAUUAGUUGAAAAACACCCAAAGAAGCACCACAUACGUAUGGGGCACAGACCGACGACUACAGCUUUACAAUCUAACAAUAGGGUUGGCUAUCUAGAUAAAAGAGAAGCCGUUUAUAAAAUACCAUGCGGCACGUGUAAUGCGGUUUACUGUGGUCAGACUGGGAAAUCUGCUUCUACACGUAUACACGAGCAUCAGCUGGCAGUAAAAAGACGUGACCACUUGUCUCAGGUUACCAUGUAUACGCUAGAGACUGGAACAAGACUCUCAUUAUAGAUGUCUGCUCAUCUAAGAAAGGUUUAAAAGUUUUAAAGGCCAUUUAUUCCGGUAAUCCGUGCAUUAUUCGACACAUCGAACUGGAUGUUGUACACAACAACUUCAAGGAAAAGUGAAAAAUGCGUUAGCUGAUCAGAACAUAAUACCAGCCCAGAGUAAAGGCUGACUUGCAGGAGUGACAGAACAAUAUCGAUCAUAAGCUUGCUUAAACUUAAACUGUUUUUCGCGGUUGCUUCACUUCUAAAGACGACUUGGGGAACCAAAGUCGACAAUUAGCAAAAUAAAUUGUGUUAUCUUUUCCAGAAGACUUAUUUCCUUCGAAUUCAUGCAGUAGGUGAGCCAACUCAUGAAAUGCCAAACGUUUUUGUUUCGAAAAGACUAAUUAGGUAGCGUUGUGAAACUAAUCAUUAUGCAGCAUAAGUCUACAAAAAUUCAAUUAUUUCAGGAUGCCGGCUUUCGAACGAACUUCUUUGCGGCUACAAGUAGCAACUCUAAUUUGCAAAAAGUGACAAAAUAAGUGGCAUAUAUUUUUCUCGUUGAUUUUCGAUGCCCUUUAAACUUCAAUUAUUUCCUUGAAUACAUGCAUAAAAUUAUUCUUUUUCCUGCUCAUUCGGUGGAAUUUUACGUCUUCUUUCAAUUUUAUAAUCGAACGAAGGUAUAAUUCAGUUUUAAAAAGUUUAUAAUUGUGCAAUUUUUAAUGACGAAAAAUGGUCGUACACAAAACGUCAUGUCUCUGCAUUUACCAAUUUGAUUUGUAAAGUCAACAAUAUGGCUCAAAUCCGCUGCUAAAUUCUAUGAACCACAUAUGAUCUCCUCUGAAUACCUUAGAGAAAUGCACGGUUUUGCGUACGCGGAAAAGAUACGGCUUGUUGUUUGGAAACCCCAAAUUCAAGUGUAACGCCAGGUCCGGUUCAAAAUUGUUCGAGAAUUUGAAAAGUUUUUGAAAACCGAAUUAUACCCUUCCCUCGAGCAUAAAACUGGAAGACGUCAUUUUCUACCGCAUGAGCAAAAGAAUGAAUAUUUCCACGAAAUAUAAUUUAAUUUUGAAGGACAUUGAAAAUCAAUGAAAAAGUGCAUGCUCGUUAGGUAGGCAUUUUUUACAGUGUCAUUUUUGCGUGCAGCCGCAAAAAAGUUCCUUCAAAAGCUGUCAUCCUGAGGUAAAUGAAAUAUUACAGAAUUUUACUGCUGGAUGGAUAGUCUUACAACACUUCUUAAUUAUUAUUUUCGAGGCGAAAACGCAUUUCGGAAUUUCGAUUGACAUUUCAUGAGUUAGCCCAUCUACUGUAGUUUUCCCAACCCCUAACCCUAACCUUAAUUCUGACUCCUUACUCUAGUCCCUAACCCUAACUCCAACAGUAUUGUGUCCUUUAGGCGGGGCUAAUUAACCACACAUUACCCCAAAUUAUCCAUCCGCGUGCUUGUUGGAUCAUGUAAAACUUGGACGUUACGUUACCUGGAGGCAGUCUGCUUACGGCAGGAGAAACCUGGCCUAUACAAAUAGCUGGACUACGUAUUCAGCCUCAGCUUGCCCUGGUACAUCUCAACUCUUUGACUUACACACCCCCUCUGUGUAUUAACUUUCCCAUCUUCAGUUUUAAACGCAUUGCAAUAAUCCAUAUUUCAACAAAAAAUAUGGCCAGUAGCGUCCCCUGUGCGAGAGCAGCUGAACAACUCAACUGACAGAAAUACAAGAGCCCAUUGCUCGCAGAAAUCCGCGAAGCAGCGAAAAAUCCGUGAUUUGUAUUCAGUUAUGCUUGCAUCUUAAACCCGCGAGAUUUGUUCCUGCGACCCCAUACGGUUAUCUACUAGAACAGGUUAAGUAGAUUCGAGUACGCCGACUUUACAAAUAUCAUAUAUUUGCACCUUCCCUACAAUUUUAAUCCAACGAGUGACUAUGUCACGGGGGUGGAGUGCUUAUAAGCCACCCUCGGUUACGUAAGGUACCAGUUCACACAUGCAUCCCUGCGUGUGCUUCGAGCCCUGCUUGCGCCCUCUUUAUUAUCCUAAUCCAGCGAGUUGCCAGGUAGAUUUGCUAAUGGAACUGUUCGAACGGUGUGGGGCUCCAUCAGUUCCAUUAUAGUGGCCAUGCACUGCGAGUUGUCAUGCGGUUCCUUCCGUGGCCUUCCUGUUGUGAUUGCGCCCUCCUUACCCUCUCAAUCAACCGAGUGGCUGUUUCGGGGGAAGUGUGUACACGUCGUCAAAAGGUCUGUAAGUGUCUGUUAUGUCAGUAUCAGCAAACCGUGUCCCUCGAAGCCUGGUGUACGCUGGCAGUUUCCUGACACCUAGUUCCCUGCCGGUAGAUGCACUUGCGCUCCCGCUAGGCAUACACGUGGUGGGCAUGACUGCCCAGUCAUCAUCCUCGUCCUUCUAACCCCCGUUGGGGUGAUGGCAAAAAAUCCCGGCCAAGUGUAUGUUGUGGACCAGGGGGUGUGGUGGCACGUCUAGGUGCGGAUCCGGCCGUGCCAGCCACCUGCGCCCUCCCUCGUCUACGGUCUGCUUGACUCUGUCUUGACACCGGGUCCCGGUGUGGCAGGAGAGAGUGCUGUGGAUGCUGCGUACAGUAAGUAACCCAUCUCAUGAAAUGUUGGCUGAAAUUCUAAAAUGCGUUUUCGAUUAGGAAGGAUUACUUGGUCGCGGUUGUAGUACUUCUUAUCUUGUGGCAUACUCUUAUAACAUUUCGGACCCGGCAGGAUGUCGGCUUUUAAAUGCACUUCUUUUCAAUCUCCUGUAGAAAGCGUGCUCGGUAAAAAAAAUGACUACUUAAGAGCAUGCAUUUUUCCCAUUGAUUUUCGAUGGUCUUGGAAAUUCAAAUAUAUUUUAUAGAAACCAUAAACAAAAAUAUGCCUUCUUUUAGGAAAUCAAUAGAGAAUCACGUAUUCUUUAUAUUUUGUACUUAAGGAAGAAGUAUAAUUAAGUUUUAAAAAAGUUUCUAAUUAUGAGACUUUUUAAGACCGCGAUAUGUCCAUUCACAUAGCAUCGUACCUGGCCGUUUACCCCUGCUCCUCAUGAAAUUUACAACAUGGUCCGCAUCCAGUACAAAAUUUUAUGGACCCCGUAUGAUAUCUCUUUAAUGACCUAGAAAAAUAUGGGAUUUUCUUUACGCGGAACGCAUGCACCUCGUAGAGUGAAAUCACUAAGCGCUAAUGCAGCGAAUGAUCAGGCUCCAAAUUAUUCGGCAAGUAGAAAACUUUUUUAAAACCUAAUUAUACUUCUUCCUUAAGUAUAAAAUAUACAGAAGACGUGAUUUUCUAUUGACUGACUAAAAGAAGGCAAUUUUUACUUAUGGUUUCUAUAAAAUAUAUUUGAAUAUGCAAGACCAUCGAAAAUCAAUGGCAAAAAUGCAUGCUACAUAAGUUGUCGUUUUUUACCGAGCACGCUUUCUACAGGAGAUUGAAAAGAAGUGCAUUUAAAAGCCGACAUCCUGCCAAGUCUGAAAUGUUAUAAGAGUAUGCCGCAAGAUAGUCAGUAUUACAACCGCGACCAAGUAAUCCUUCCUAAUCGAAAACGCAUUUCAGAAUUUCAGCCAACAUUUCAUGAGAUAGGUCACUCACUGUAAGUCUACAUUUACUAUAAAUCAAUCCACGCUCUAGUCACCGUGUCUGUUUCACCUUACCCUGUAGCACACAGUGGAUAUCGUCUGAACAGACGGUCGAACUGUCGUGUACACACCAUCUUUACUCGCCUCCCUGCGCGUGCUUCGAGUUCUGGCUGCGCUGUCUUUCCCUUCAUAAUCCAGCGAGUGCCUAAGUUGAGUUUGUUAAUUAACAUUGUUCUAGUAAACUAACUGGAUCAUAUCUCUCAGGAGGGGCUGCAGAACUAAGACCUGCCUACAAUUCGCGAGAGAGUGAAGCCGAGAAAGUCGAAGCGCCAUAUAGCGGGGGAUCACUGUUUUACAAUUUUAUACUAAAACUUUCAUUGAUUAGCCUGUGUGCACUAACCAAUGACCUUUCUGUUUUGUAUUGAUUUUUCUGUACAAAUUCAAACUGCUGACUGAUUCAUACUCGUUACCUUUGUUAGGCAUCAAUGAUUUGCACGUGAUAAGCUGUCGCUAAAUUUGUUGGUUCGGUUAAAUUCUGCUGUCGACGCAUGUUUUGACGUCAGAUAUAUAUUUUUACGGUAGCGAUUGAAAUUCACUUUCCUUAGGACUCCUAGCGCCACAUGCACCGAUGCGCAUGGUUAAGACGGUACUAGUUUUAAGGCGAAAAUCCAAAAAGGCUUUUUAUUUCUGAUCAAUGACUUUUGUCAUAGCAACGGUGUGUCUUGUUUCUAAUGAAUUAUGUGUUGACAUAUCUCAAUUUGCGUGUCUGAAUGGUUACACUCAUGGAUGUAUGAGGACACCCAGGGACGGGUGCCGAGCGCACGACCCUCCUGUAAUGCGUGGAUUAAUUUUUUUGGGCAUUUUGAAUGGAGAUUAUUAUGAAGCGUUCAUAAUUUAUAAUACUGACGAAAAUAAAUAUAUCAUCGACAGGGCGCCGCCAAAGUUACAGACUAAUAGGAUUCCCCCGAAGGUUCCGUUGAACCAUAAGACAGUUAGAAGGAAUUCCUCUCUUUGUCAGUGUGCUUCCUGCUAUAACCGAAUCGUACGGCCAUAAACCGACUGGAUACUUUGGUUCUAACUGUCAGUACUGCCUCAUGUGUAUAUGGAUGUCCCACAAAACGGUCCACGAGGUAGAUGAGCUGGGCCAGCACGAGGCCAUGACGGAUUCUGGCGGGCGUUAUCGGAUUGCGUGCCAUAACAAAUGCCAGCAUCCCGGGGUGUGGUGGAAGACCCGGUUACCGACAGAGGUGGCGCACAUUGAGACCCCUGCGGCAGUCCCCUCAUUUUUGUUGCUGUUGUUGGUCAAAAACCUGGUCAUUAACUGUGUGGACCAGAAGGUCUGGGGUGGAGCGCCAAGGUGAGGGCUCGACCGUGCUAUCCACCCGCGCCCCGCUCCGCCUCCGGUCUUCUUGACUCUGUCUUGACACCGGGUUCAGGUAGGGGAGGAGAGAGUACGGUAGAUGCCGUGCAAGUCUACAUUCACUAUAAACUAAUUCACGUACAAGUCACUGUCCCAGUUCUCACCUUGCUGCGGAGCACACAGUGGACGUAGUUAGCAACGACGGUCGAAUUGUCGGUUAAGUGUCCGCUCGCAGGUGAAUGGUGAUGGUUGACUGACGAGGACACCAGAUAAGUUCUAAACACCUGCUAUCACAGUCGCCUUCCGUUUUAUCGGUAUAUCCCAGAUCUCCUACUGUGUCACUUGAAUCAAACAGGAGCUACGGGGUAUCGAGGGAAUACUGAGGAGCAAGGGCCCCACUGAAAUUAAAUGUGAGCAGAAUGGUCGAAACCGUUAGGCUGUGGAAAAGGAGUACAGACUGGGCAAGUUUGUUGCGUUUGAAAAUGGCAGGUGGAUCAACUUCUGCCUUCCAAAGUUACGGGCCAGAGGGAACACCGUAGCACUGAAUUGGAGACUAGAGACGCCUCUGAUGUGGCAAGUUGAAGUACUGUCGUGCUGGGCUGAUGACGUCUAAUGAGUCAGAAAUUUCCACUCCGAUCUCUCUGGUCUAUGUCGGUAAGGUUAUUCUGUCAAUAUAAUUUUUAUCCUCAAAUGACGCGCCUCACUCGUGACCGCAUCCCUAUAGGCGAAUUGUUAGUUAAUUACCUCGUUCCUGAUUGGUUACCUGGUUGGCCAUAUUUUCUCUGUGUGAUUGUCCCUUAAUAGGCCAAAAUCAACGCAUUAUUGCAACUGUGGGUCAGUAAUGAAUUGUAGGAAGCUCCAUGGCAAAGGGAUAGUCACAAGAACCUUUUGUGGAAGUUCUCUUCUGACAGAAAUACACUUUGCUCUCCCCCUCCUCCUCCUCCCAGACAUGAAUCCAAUGCAGGGUUUUGCGGGUCUUACUAUAUGCCGUUUAACUAAAAAGCCCCUGUGUCCGAAUUUGGAAGGAAGCAAUUUCCGCAUUCUUGUAUUUUUCGUGCUCAAGCGGAGAUUAAAAAUGGAUGUUUCUGCCACAACGCAGGCGAAGAGGGUACAGACUAGCAGUCAGCUAACCGAUUAAUGUGUCGUAAGCAGCACAUUAUUGUCAUUUACUGUGUGGACCAGGGGAUGUGAAAUGGAGCGUCAAGGUGCGGGCUCAACCGUGCCAUUCACCUGCGCCCUCCCCCGCCCACGGCCAUCUCGACUCUGCCUUGACACCGGGUCCAGGUGGUUGAGGAGGAGGAGGAGGAGGAGGAGGAGGGAGUGCAGCAACUGCUGUGCAAACCUGCAUUCACUACAAGCCAAGUCACGUACAAGUCACCAUGCCUGCUUCACCAAGCUGGGAAGCACCCGAUGGACAUCUUUUGCAACGACGGCGAACUGUCGUGCAUUUGGGGCGACCGGUUCGAGGACUGGGAGUCAGGCUCGGGGCUGUCUCUGUGA